CCUCGAAAUUUCCGGUCCCGCGAGUCAGCUGAUCAAUCUCAUUCCUGUCUGCUUGAUAGUUCUUGUAGCUAUGUCUGGAAAGGAUAAACUUCCGAUUUUCCCUUCUCGGGGAGCGCAAAUGUUAAUGAAGUCUCGACUUCAGGGAGCACAAAAAGGACAUGGAUUAUUAAAAAAGAAAGCUGACGCAUUGCAGAUGCGUUUCAGAUUAAUUUUGGGUAAAAUUAUUGAGACAAAAACCCUUAUGGGAGAAGUAAUGAAAGAGGCAGCUUUUUCACUGGCUGAAGCAAAAUUUACAACCGGAGAUUUUAAUCAAGUAGUUCUGCAGAACGUGACGAAAGCACAAAUUAAAAUUCGUUCUAAAAAAGAUAACGUGGCUGGUGUUAAUCUUCCAGUAUUUGAAUCAUAUCAGGAUGGUACAGAUACCUAUGAAUUGGCAGGUUUAGCUAGAGGAGGUCAGCAACUAGCCAAAUUGAAAAAGAAUUAUCAAAGAGCAGUCAAGUUGUUAGUGGAACUAGCAUCGCUGCAAACAAGUUUUGUGACCUUGGACGAGGUUAUUAAAAUUACAAACCGUCGUGUUAAUGCUAUCGAACAUGUUAUCAUUCCCAGAAUCGAAAGAACUCUUGCUUAUAUCAUUUCUGAACUCGACGAGUUGGAGAGAGAAGAGUUCUACCGGUUAAAAAAGAUUCAAGACAAGAAGAAAGAAGCAAAAGCCAAGCUUGAAAUAGCAAGAGCAAAGAUGAUGAUAGAAGACAGAGAUGUCGAAGCACCGAACAUGCUCGACGAAGGAGAUGAUGACAUUUUGUUCUAAACGAUGUACAUAGCUUGUUUUCACAUACUCAAGUAUUAAAAAAAAGAAAAGUAUGAUUUGACUCCGGAUGAAUGUGUAAAGCGUGAAUCAAGUGAAGUAUGAUAAAUGCAAUUUAUCCCCUUUACAAAGAUCCCCAAACGAUAUCAUUUCAGAAAUUGUAGAAUAGUAAAACUGUAUGCGAAAAAUUGUGAUUAAUUUUUCAUAAGCAAGUUCUAUGUUAUCGAACUGUAUAUCGGGUAACGGUGACCUAUACAACAUUGUUGACAUUUAUUAAUUACAAUGUAAUAUACCCUAGAAUUUAUUACUGUACCAUAAUUAAAAGAUGUUAACAUUUGCGGUCGAUCACGUGUCACCGGCUUGUUAAAAACUGCUAUUGUAUCGAAGCACAUUCAAACUGUUUGCAUUGUUAAUAUAUUGAUAAGGAAAUUGUGGAAUGUAAACCAUUCGUGGCGGAUAUUACGGAAGGUUAUAGAAUCAGUUAAUUUAGUAAGAAUUUAAAAAUAAUAAACAUGUACAUAUAUACAUUCA